CCUACAUCCACUUCCUUCAUAUCCUCGCAUUCAUAUUCACAAUCCUUUCUUCGCCCUCAAACGAUUUUUUUCCAAAAUUCUCAUCUCAAGAAUCUCCACCCGUCUGCUGUCAAAAAGCGCAACUGCCAACUUUGCCUCUCGCGCUUCUCUCACGUCGUUAACCAUCAACGCCAACCGUUCUCUUCUAAAACAACAACCAGCUUACAUCCAAGGUCAAAGAAACACGAUGAUGGUUAAUUCCCAAUCGAUCCUCAAGUGGGCCAAUGAUAAGACAGGCGAAUUCAAGCGUCAGGUCUCGAGCUUCCGUGAAUCCAUCGUUGAUGAACCCAAUGCCAAGUUUAGCCCCGAAGCUGGCCGAUAUCACCUUUAUGUCUCUUAUGCUUGUCCCUGGGCUCAUCGCACCUUGCUUGUGCGCGCAUUGAAGGGCCUUGAGGACAUCAUUUCCGUGGAUGUUGUUCAUUGGCAUUUGCAAGAGAAUGGCUGGCCUUUCAGGGACGAUUACCAGGAUUCUCUCUAUGGAUCAAAGUUCAUCAAGGAUCUUUACUUUAAGGCCCAGCCCGAUUAUAGUGGACGCUACACAGUCCCUGUUCUCUGGGAUAAGAAGACUCAAACCAUUGUGAAUAAUGAAAGUAGCGAGAUCAUUCGUAUGCUCAACACGGCUUUCGACAAACUUGUCCCAGAAAAGGCUGGCGUAAACUUUUAUCCUCCUAAUCUCCAAUCCGAAAUUGAUUCGGUGAAUGAAUGGGUUUAUGAUACCGUCAAUAAUGGCGUUUACAAAUCUGGGUUCGCAACAUCACAGGAGGCAUAUGACAAGAAUGUGUAUCCACUUUUUGAGUCGUUGGACAGGAUUGAAGGCAUCUUGUCCAAAUCUGAUUACCUCGUUGGAAAUACCCUUACUGAGGCCGAUCUCCGUCUGUGGACAACCAUCAUCCGUUUUGACCCUGUCUAUCAUGGGCAUUUCAAGUGCAACAUCAAGAGCAUUGAAAAGGACUACCCUCACAUCCUGAAAUGGGCACGCCGCAUCUAUCAAUUGCCCAAGGUCGCUGAAACUGUCAGCAUGGAACACAUCAAGAAGCAUUACUAUCAGUCUCAUCUCCAGAUUAACCCAACUGGCAUUGUCCCUGCUGGCAAUGGCCCCAACCUUGCUGAACCCAAGAUUGUCUAGAGCAAGAUGGGCAGUGUUUGAAAAACUUUAUUCUACUACCUCACUGAUGGAGAAAAACUUUAAUUCACUCAGCAUUCUAUCCUUUAAAACAGAGAAUUCAGCUUGGUUUGAUAAUUGUUCAUAAAAAAUAAUAAAUCUUUUUCAAACAAGUCC